UAAGGGGAUUUUUCUUAUUGGGGGGGGGUUGUUAAAAAAUAAAUAUAAGGGCGGCCAUCUUUGUUUCCUUGCGUUGUAGUGUAAAAUAUUCCAAAACGCCCCCCACUUUUUUCUGGUGUCGAUUUGAAUAUGAAAUAAAUAUCAUAAUUCCGGAGGAUUUCUGAUUUCGAGGACGGAGCCGAUGACAGGAAUAUAAUGUCCUCUCCUCUCCGGUCCUGUGAGGAAGACAAGGGCAUGUUGGUUAAUUCCAAGGGAGGAGAUUUUGAUGAAGAAGAGGACGACGGAGAUCUAGACGAGAACGCAAGCGACAUAAACUCGCCGGCGGCGCCUCGAGAAACUGCAACACUAGCCGCGCCAGAGGAAGAAGGGGAGGCAUCGGACAGGGACAGUCUAGCGAGGAAGAAACGAGGGCCAAAGAAGAAGAAGGAGACAAAGAAGAGGGAGAAGGAGAAAGAGAAAGAAGGAAAACUCUCCAAAGCUAAAAAACGGACAAAGAUUGACAGUGAUGUAGAGAGAGACUCGGAGAGAGAGAGAGACUAUGGCGAGAACUCCGACAGUGCAGCCAGCGACUUCGUUGUUGAGAAAAAGAAGAAGAAGAAACACAAGGAGAAGAAGGAGAAAAAAAAACAAAAGAUGAAAAAAGACAACGGGGACAACACGCAAGAGGAGACAACAAAGCCAAUAGAACAGAAGACGUCGGCCCAGCUGGCUAAAGACUGGGGUCUGGAGGAUGUGGAUCAUACCUUCACUGAAGACGACUACCGCACACUCACCAACUACAAAGCCUUCAGCCAGUCCAUGAGGCCCAUGAUCGCCAAGAAGAACCCUAAGAUCCCCAUGUCUAAGAUGAUGACUAUCCUGGGGGUCAAGUGGAGGGAGUUCAGCUCCAACAACCCCUUCAAGGGCUCUGGUGCUGCAGCCGUGGCAGCUGCAGCCGCAGCCGCCGCCAUUGCCGUCGCCGAGCAGGUCUCCGCGGCAACCCCAUCCCCGGAGCCCCCUCCGCCCAGGAAGCAGCCCCAAACCCCCCGGCCGGCCCCCCAGCCGCCACCCCCGCCCCUCCCUCUCCGCAAGGCCAAGACCAAAGAAGGCAAAGGCCCUGGAUAUAAGAAGAGUCGCAGUAAGAGUCCUCGUGUUCUGGCUGAAAGGAAGAAGGCGGUGGCCGCGGCAGCAGCAGCAAAGGCCAAGAAGAUGGCUCCCAUACGCAUCAAACUGGGGGUGCUAGGCAACAAGAGGAAGAAGAGCAGCUCUAGUGGUGAUGAUGUUGAUGAGGAGGAGGAUUCGGAGCAGGAGGACUCCAGUGUCCACAGCUCCUCGGUCCGCUCCGACAGCUCGCCCCGCGUCAAGAAGAACAAGAGAGGACGGCCCGCCAAGAAGAAGAAGAAAAUGCUGGGUGAGGGUGAUGUGGAGGGGGAUGGUUAUGAGACAGACCACCAGGACUACUGUGAGGUGUGCCAGCAGGGAGGGGAGAUCAUUCUGUGUGACACCUGUCCCAGGGCCUACCACCUGGUCUGUCUGGAGCCUGAGCUGGAGAAGGCCCCCAAGGGCAAGUGGAGCUGCCCCCAUUGUGAGAAAGAGGGGAUCCAGUGGGAAGCGAAGGAUGAGGACUUUGAGGAGUUUGAGGAGGAGAGUGAGGACAUUGUGGUACCAGAAGUACCUGGGGUUGGCUUGCUGGUAGGACUAGAGGAAGAGGAGGAUGAGCACAUGGAGUUCUGCAGGGUCUGUAAGGAUGGGGGGGAGCUAUUAUGCUGCGACACCUGUCCCUCCUCCUACCACAUCCACUGCCUCAACCCGCCCCUGCCUGAGAUCCCCAACGGAGAGUGGCUGUGUCCGCGCUGCACUUGUCCUGCCAUCAAGGGCAGGGUACAGAGGAUCCUCCACUGGCGAUGGGGCGAGCCCCCCGAUCCUGUACCCGUGCCCCCCGCCCCCGAUACCCCUCCUGAUGCUCCCCCGCCGCCCCCCAUGAAGGGCAGAGCUGAGAGGGAGUUCUUUGUCAAGCUGACCGGACAGUCCUACUGGCACUGCACCUGGAUCACUGAACUACAGCUGGAGAUCUUCCACUCGGUGAUGUUCCGUAACUACCAGAGGAAGACAGAUAUGGAUGAGCCUCCCAGUCUGGACUAUGGGUCAGGGGGAGAGGAGGAGAGUGUUAAGAGUGAGAAGAGAAGACUUAAAGAUCCAGACUAUGCUGCCCUGGAUGACAAGUUCUAUAAAUACGGCAUCAAGCCUGAAUGGAUGAUGGUCCACCGCAUCAUCAACCACAGUGUGGACAAGAAGGGGAUAUACCACUACCUGGUCAAGUGGAGAGACCUGACCUACGACCAGUGCACAUGGGAGAGAGACAAUCUGGAGAUGCCAGAGUUUGUCAUCCACAGGGCCAACUACUGGGCACACAGGGAUGAGGUGAUGAAGGAGGCCCCAGACAUGCCGAGGAGGAUGAGGAGCAUGAGGAUGGAGGAGAGCGAAGACCCCCACAGAUCACCUGUCAACGACCCUACGAUAAAGUACGAGGAGCAGCCGGACUUUGUGACGGCGACGGGGGGCACUCUGCACCUGUACCAGCUGGAGGGGCUCAACUGGCUGCGUUUCAGCUGGGCACAGGGCACUGACACCAUCCUGGCAGACGAGAUGGGGCUGGGCAAGACCAUCCAGACCAUCGUCUUCCUCUACUCACUCUUCAAAGAGGGCCAUACCCGGGGCCCGUUCCUGGUGAGCGCCCCCCUCUCCACCAUCAUUAACUGGGAGAGAGAGUUUGAGAUGUGGGCCCCAGACUUCUACGUGGUGACCUACACAGGGGACAAGGACAGCAGAGCAAUCAUCAGAGAGAAUGAGCUGACCUUCGACGACACAGCAGCUAGAGGAGGGAAGAAAGCCUUCAAACUGAGGAGAGAAGCCCCUAUAAAGUUCCAUGUCCUGUUGACCUCCUAUGAGCUGGUGACGAUAGACCAGACCUCCCUGAAGUCUAUAGACUGGGCCUGUCUAGUGGUGGACGAGGCUCACCGCCUCAAGAACAAUCAGAGCAAGUUCUUCAGACGUCUGAAUGACUAUAAGAUUGACCACAAGCUGCUGCUGACUGGUACUCCUCUACAGAACAACCUGGAGGAGCUGUUCCACCUGCUCAACUUCCUCACUCCCAACCGCUUCAAUAACCUGGAGGGGUUCCUGGAGGAGUUUGCAGACAUCUCCAAGGAGGACCAGAUCCAGAAACUCCAUGACCUGCUGGGGCCCCACAUGUUGAGGAGGCUGAAGGCUGACGUCUUCAAGAACAUGCCGGCCAAGACAGAGCUCAUCGUACGAGUGGAACUCAGCCCCAUGCAGAAGAAAUACUACAAGUUGAUUUUGACAAAGAACUUUGAGGCUCUGAACUCUAGAGGAGGUAACCAGGUGUCUCUACUCAACAUCAUGAUGGACCUGAAGAAGUGUGCCAACCACCCCUACCUCUUCCCUGUCGCCUCCAUGGAAGCCCGUAAGACUGCAAGCGGAGCGUACGAGGGCACGGACCUCACAAAGGCUUCUGGGAAACUGACUCUUCUGCAGAAGAUGAUGAGGAAACUGAAGGACCAAGGACACCGCGUGCUGGUCUUCUCACAGAUGACUAAGAUGUUGGACCUGUUGGAGGACUUCCUGGACUUUGAGGGUUAUAAGUACGAGAGGAUCGAUGGAGGAAUCACAGGAGCGCUCAGACAGGAGGCCAUAGACAGGUUCAAUGCUCCUGGUGCUCCUCAGUUCUGUUUCCUGCUGUCCACCAGGGCAGGGGGUCUGGGUAUUAACCUGGCUACAGCUGACACCGUCAUCAUCUUCGACUCAGACUGGAACCCCCACAAUGACAUCCAGGCGUUCAGUCGCGCCCACCGCAUCGGGCAGGCCAACAAGGUGAUGAUAUAUCGCUUCGUGACCCGUGCCAGUGUGGAGGAGCGCAUCACCCAGGUGGCCAAAAGGAAGAUGAUGUUGACCCACCUGGUGGUACGGCCCGGCCUGGGCUCCAAGGCGGGAUCCAUGUCCAAACAGGAACUGGACGACAUCCUCAAGUUCGGCACCGAGGAGCUGUUCAAGGACGAGAUCGAAUUCCUCUCACCACCACGUAUGUCCACCCUCUCUCCCCUACGGUGUCCAGCGGGGGACAACAGGGACGAUGAGGGCAGUGUGAUCCACUACGACAGCUCGGCCAUCGAGAGGCUGCUGGACCGGAGCCAGGACGCUACGGACGACACAGACAUGCAGAACAUGAACGAAUACCUGAGCUCCUUCAAAGUGGCCCGCUACAUGGUCAGAGAGGAGGAUAAGAUUGAGGAGGUGGAGCGUGAGAUCAUUAAGCAGGAGGAGUGUGUGGACCCAGAAUACUGGGAGAAGCUGCUGAGACACCACUAUGAGCAGCAGCAGGAGGACCUGGCCAGUAAACUGGGCAAGGGCAAGAGGAACCGCAAGCCUGUCAACUACAACGACGCAGCACAGGAGGACCAAGAGUGGCAUGCUGGUAUUUCAGAUAACCAGUCCGAGUACUCUGUGGGCUCCGAGGAGGAGGAUGAAGACUUCGACGAGAGGCCAGAAGGUUCUCGCAGACAGUCACGCCGCCAGAUGAGGAAUGAGAGAGACAAGCCGCUGCCCCCCCUGUUGGCCAGAGUGGCCGGCAACCUGGAGGUGUUGGGCUUCAACACACGCCAGCGGAAGGCCUUCCUAAACGCGGUGAUGCGUUGGGGCAUGCCCGCCCAGGAUGCCUUCUCCUGCCAGUGGCUGGUCAGAGACCUGAGGGGCAAGAGUGAGAAGGAGUUCAAGGCGUAUGUGUCUCUGUUCAUGCGUCACCUGUGUGAGCCCGUGGCCGACGGCGCCGAGACGUUUGCCGACGGCGUGCCGAGGGAGGGCCUGUGCCGUCAGCCCGUGCUGACCCGCAUCGGGGUCAUGUCCCUGGUCAAGAAGAAGAUCCAGGAGUUUGAGCACAUCAAUGGGCGGUGGAGUCUCCCAGAGCUGAAGCCAGAGAUGAAGCCUGAGGCUCUGAGACCAGAGGUCAGUGUGUCUUCUUCCUCCAGAGCCUCCUCCCCUGGAGGUACCAUGAAGACUGCCACGCCCACCCCUGAUCCCAGCUGUACCUCAGACAACACCCCCUGCACCUCUAAACCAGCUACCCCUGCUCCCUCAGAGAAACUAGAGAAGAACGGGAAAGAUGGAGAGGAGGGAGAGAAGGAGGAGGGUAAGGCCCCGUCUGAGCCAGAGAAAAAUGGAGAGAAGGAGGAGGAAGGGGGUAAAGAGGUAGAGAGCAACAGGAGUGCAGAUCCUGAAGAGCCUCCAAUCCCUACGAAGGAAGCUCCACAAGAAUUAUCCCCUAGUACAACAACAGACAAGGAAGAGAGUGGUACAAAAGAGGAGGAGUGGAAAGAAACAAAAACGACUGACACGCCUCCGGCCCCAGUGGAGGAGAAGAAAGAAGAAGAGGAGAGUACGGAGGGCACACCGGGAGAAACAACUAAACAAGGGUCGGAGGUCAAAGAUGAGAAACCAGGUAGUGUAACGCUCUCGCCUGGAGAGAAGGAGGAGGAGAAGGAGAAGGGAAGAGAGACGGAGAAGAGCGAGGAAGCCCCUGUCGCCACAGAAGCGUCAGACAACAAGGAAAAGAUGGACAGACAGCAACCCUCUGACGUGAUGAAAGAGGAAGUAAAAGGUGAAAAGGAUGCUGGGAAAGAAGUGGCGAAGGAGGAGGUUGCCAAAGACACCUUGCCGAAACCCCCCAUCAUCCCCCCCGAGCGACGGCGCUUCAUGUUCAACAUCGCUGACGGGGGCUUCACGGAGCUGCAUACGCUGUGGCAGAAUGAGGAGCGGGCGGCCAUCUCCUCUGGGAAGAUGAAUGAGAUCUGGCACCGGCGGCACGACUUCUGGCUGCUGGCGGGAAUCGUUCUUCAUGGGUACGCGAGGUGGCAGGACAUCCAGAACGACCCCCAGUUCGCCAUUGUCAACGAGCCCUUCAAGUCGCAGGCCAACAAGGGCAACUUCCUGGAAAUGAAGAACAAGUUCCUGGCCCGCCGCUUCAAGUUAUUAGAGCAGGCCCUGGUGAUCGAGGAGCAGCUGAGGAGGGCAGCCUACCUGAAUAUGACCCAGGACCCAGUCCACCCCGCCAUGGCCCUGAACGCCCGCUUCGCCGAGGUGGAGUGUUUGGCCGAGUCCCACCAGCACCUCAGCAAGGAGUCCUUGGCCGGGAACAAACCGGCCAACGCAGUGCUGCACAAGGUGCUGAACCAGUUGGAGGAGCUGCUGAGUGACAUGAAGGCUGACGUGACGCGGCUCCCUGCCACACUGUCCCGGGUCCCGCCCAUCGCCGCACGCCUGCAGAUGUCAGAGAGAAGCAUCCUCAGCAGACUAGCCAGCAAGGGUACCGACACACACACACCCCCGACCAUCCCUCCAGGACCCUACGCCACUCCUCAGAACUUUGGACCCACCUUCACCCCCGUCCCCCCGGGAGUCUUACCCAUGGGAGGAGCCAACUACAGCCAGAUGCCCCCUGGAUCCUUCGUAUCAGUGUUGAACGGGCCUCCCUUGUCAGUGAAGAAGGAAAGGGAAGCAGAGCUACUCCUGAACAGGAGAGACCAGCGCUUUGGGGAAGUAAUCUGUAUCGACGACUGAAUAACACCACUCACUGACCACACACACACACGCACACACACACAGCGCGAACACACACACAUGAACAUAUAUGCGCGUGCGCACACACACACACACACAUAACAAGGUUAUUAUAGUUUUGUGCUUUUAUAUUCGAUUUUUAUUCAGUUUAGUUCGUUUUCAGACCUGGUUUACUGGUUUUUAUUAAGUUUGAGUUUUAUACAAAUAUUUAUAUUUUGUUUUUAUAUGAUUUAGUUUCAGUUUUAGUUAUAGGGACAUAAAGUAGGGUAUUUCUUCCCUGUUAGCUAGUGAUAGCAGAAAUACUUUAAGAAAUGAGGAGGGGAAUCUCAUUGGUCAAUGAAUGAAGGAACGUAUAACACCCAGCCCAUCAAACUGUCGACCAAUCGUGUUCACGUUGUCAUGCUGCGUAAUGCGGUUGCUAAGCUAAUCGUCACGCAAUCCCUUGUAAAAGUCAGGGUAUGAGUCUAGAAAACUGCCUAUUUUCCUCGAAAGUACGUAAUGUCACUAUUUCAAAGCUAUACGAUAUUACAGAGAACAAGUUCAUUAUCUCACAUCUCUGAAAAUAUGUGUAAUGUUGUGUUUCUUGUUCCCGUAGGCUAAUUCAUGCUAAUGUUUUUUUUUUUUUGCUAGCACCCAAUUGACUCCCUUUCAAUCCUUGAAGGAGUGCACUCCUUGUCCCAGAAUCGCUCAGAAUGCACCGCACAGCCCAUUGACAACGUACAGGCAACAUACACAAUGGCCGUUAAUACGAAUCGAAUGGAGUAUUUCUGGUAAUAACUAGUUAUAGUGAUGCACAAGUUAGGUCUAUUUGUAACAUCGACAUCUCCUGUCAGCAUUUACCAACCAGAUUCAGAAGCUUGAAAACUCCAUUUGAUUUUUGCCCAAAGUUUAUUUUAUUUUAAUUAGUUUUGGAGUCAAAGAUAAUAGUUUCAGUAUAGUUUUAGUUUUUCAAACAGAUGUGUUAAUUAUUUAAUUUCAGUUUACAAAAUUGUUUUUUCAUGAUUAGUUUUCCUUUUCGUUUCAGUUUUCAUUUACUAUAAUAACCUUAACACACACACACACACUCUCACACACACAUACAAACAGAUUAACAUAAUACGCAUGUGCGCACAUACACACACACACACACACACGUGGUCCACGCUGUUACAUAAAUACUCUCACCUGCUCAAUCUCUUCUUGUCUGCCUCAAACCAACCGAAACUCCUCACAAGCAGCCUACUAGUUCUCAUAGAUGGUCUCCUCCCCUAUACUCCAGAACAAUAUACAUGUAGUACCGUAAGCUAGAACCUCUUUAUCCUGGCACCGCUCACAGACCCUCAACCUCUCAACACCUCAACACCAAAUACCUAGAACUAAUAACCACUACAGAACCCGACCCUUGACCUUUGACCCUUCCAUGGGUCACUCCAGUAAGAGGAAGCUGCAUAAUAUAACAGUAUAACAUUUGACUCUUAACACCAUUCCUGCCAUUCUUCCUCUGACGCAUGCAAUAUGAAUACUCACUAAAAAUGGUGUGUUAUCAUUCAAGCUGUGCCUACAGUAUUUCUUCCCGUUGGAGAAUUGAUGUGAAGUAUUACAGGACUCAGGGGGCUCUAAACUUGGCAGUAAACUCUCAGCCCAUUUCCCUUUCAUGUUGACCUGAUGGUACAUGUAGAAAUACUGAAGAGUCAGUCAGUACAACUCCAACUCAGCAUUAUAUUGACUGAAUGAGGUAUAGCGUAUAGCCCCUAUGCCAGUGGAUGUUCUUACAGACCCGGGUGCAUGUUUUGUUUUUUAUUGGGAUGGGAGGUUCCGGUGCUGGUUCAGGAUAGGCUUCACUCACAGCAAUCAAAUGGAUAGUUUCAGUACCCCUGCGAAUGGUCAUAACCUUUCAUAGGCAAUUCAUACAGUGUUAUAAAGCUUCUCGACUACCCUCAACUACAGUCCUCCUCUCCCCUUGCUCUCUCCGACCUCCCUUCCUAUGGCUUCUAUCCCCCUUUCCCUUCCUCCUCUUCCUCCUCUCCAUCAAUCCUUUCUUCCUUGUUUUUUUUCUUCGAGUUUCUACUUCUUUCUACGAAUUCUGUGAUAUUCUUUGCAUAUUUAAACUUGGCUCAUUCGUGUUCUCUUGUGUUUUUACUCUUGUUACCUUACUGCGACUAUGAUUAUUAUUGUUGUUGUCGACGUUGCUGUUGUCUUUGAAAAAAGAGCUUCUACCAAAUGAGAAAUUCCGAAAAAGAUACAAUCUUAUGAUUUGGUGCACUUCUUACACUGCAUCUGACAUCUUAUAAUCAGAACAGAAAGCAAACAGAGGUUUACCUUUGAACUUCGUAAAUAGAUAUAAUACAAAAAAAUAUAUAACAUUCUAGAUUUGGGGCUUGCAAAUAACCUUUAUAAUAGAUUACAUAUGUAACCCUAAAUGCAUUAAGACAAAAUGAAACCGUGUACUAUCUUAACAGUUAAAGUACAUCAAUUCAUUAUUCUCUGGAAACUCAGAGGCUGUUAGUAGAAUCGACUCAAUUUUAUAUACUGUAUCCACAAAUACGCCUUAAACAUAACAUAGCUGAAAUAACUGUAAAGAAAGUUAUGUCUGAAUUAAGUGUGUUAAGCCUGAAGAGAUCAGAUGUAAACUCUAUACAUGCUAGUUGAAACAGUCCACUUUUAGUUAGUUCCCUGGACUUAUUUCAAAUAAUUAAAGUAGAAACAUUUAAUUUAUUUAGCUAAAACCCUGGAUACUCCACACUGGUGUUCCAAGUUGAAGAGUCUAAACUACAUUUCACUGAUUACGUUUCGUAGGAAGUGUUUUGCAACCCCUUAACUAAAAUGUAUACUGUCAAAUCACUUAUUUUCUCUCUCUUUUUUGUUCUUUUUUCAGAUUUUGUGUUUUGUUUUUAAUUCCUCGAUAUCUUGUGUCACUGUGUACGUUGUGGUGGUGCCGAUCCAUGAAACAAUGAAUGGCAGUGAUGCCACAAUAAUAAUGCAUUUCUGUCUUUUAUUUGGGGUUUUGUUUGUAAUAAAAAUCUAAAAAAAGA